AUGGUGUAUGGUUCUCAAUGNNNNGGCAUGAAGGGCAUAUCUAUGCUGUUGGUGGAGAGGGGCAUGCCCGGCCUCAAGACCACCAGAAUGGACUGCCAAGGUGUGCUAUCUAGUGGCACUACCUUCGUUGAACUCGAUGAUGUGAAAGUCCCGGUGGAGAAUCUCAUCGGCAAGGAGAAUGAUGGCUUUAAGGUUAUCAUGUAUAACUUCAACCAUGAGCGCUGGGGACUUAUCAUUCAAGCGGUGCGGUUUUCGAGAAUUCUCUAUGAGCUUUCAUUCAAGUAUGCUCAGAAGAGAAAGACUUUUGGCAAGACCCUCAUGGAGCACCCGGUCAUUCGAUGGAAGUUGGCAGAGAUGUCCAGACAGAUCGAAGGGACGAGCCACUGGCUUGAAAGCGUCACUCAUCAGAUGUCGACUACGCCUUGGGUGGAGAGCAUGGAUGCGUUGGGGGGCACUAUAGCUCUGAUGAAGGCCCACAGCACUAAGGUGUUUGAGUACUGUGCUCGUGAGGCGGCUCAGAUCUUCGGUGGUAAUGCCUAUACGAGGAGUGGGCUUGGUGAGGUUGUGGAACGACUGUAUCGGGAUGUGCGUGGCUUGGCCAUUCCUGGGGGUUCGGAGGAGAUCUUGCUGGACCUCGGUAUAAGGCAGGCUGAUAGACAGUAUAAGAAGGCUACGAGCAGGCUAUGA